GGCGGCGGCGGCGGCGGCGGCAGCAGCGGCGGCGGCGGCCGGGACAAGGCGGAGGCGACGGCGGCGGCGGCGGCGCGGGGCGCUCGGGCUGAUGGCGGCGGCGGCCGGGCCCGGGGCUGCGCUGUCCCCGCGGCCGUGCGACAGCGACCCAGCCACCCCCGGAGCGCAGUCCCCGAAGGAUGAUAAUGAAGAUAAUUCAAAUGAUGGGACCCAGCCAUCCAAAAGGAGGCGAAUGGGCUCAGGAGAUAGUUCUAGGAGUUGUGAAACUUCAAGUCAAGAUCUUGGUUUUAGUUACUAUCCAGCAGAAAACUUGAUAGAGUACAAAUGGCCACCUGAUGAAACAGGAGAAUACUAUAUGCUUCAAGAACAAGUCAGUGAAUAUUUGGGUGUGACCUCCUUUAAAAGGAAAUAUCCAGAUUUAGAGCGACGAGAUUUGUCUCACAAGGAGAAACUCUACCUGAGAGAGCUAAAUGUCAUUACUGAAACUCAGUGCACUCUAGGCUUAACAGCAUUGCGCAGUGAUGAAGUGAUUGAUUUAAUGAUAAAAGAAUAUCCAGCCAAACAUGCUGAGUAUUCUGUUAUUCUACAAGAAAAAGAACGUCAACGAAUUACAGACCAUUAUAAAGAGUAUUCCCAAAUGCAACAACAGAAUACUCAGAAAGUUGAAGCCAGUAAAGUGCCUGAGUAUAUUAAGAAAGCUGCCAAAAAAGCAGCAGAAUUUAAUAGCAACUUAAACCGGGAACGCAUGGAAGAAAGAAGAGCUUAUUUUGACUUGCAGACACAUGUUAUCCAGGUACCUCAAGGGAAGUACAAAGUUUUGCCAACAGAGCGAACAAAGGUCAGUUCUUACCCAGUGGCUCUCAUCCCCGGACAGUUCCAGGAAUAUUAUAAGAGGUACUCACCAGAUGAGCUGCGGUAUCUGCCAUUAAACACAGCCCUGUAUGAGCCCCCUCUGGAUCCUGAGCUCCCUGCUCUAGACAGUGACGGUGAUUCAGAUGAUGGCGAAGAUGGUCGAGGUGACGAGAAACGGAAAAAUAAAGGCACUUCGGACAGCUCCUCUGGCAAUGUAUCUGAAGGGGAAAGCCCUCCUGACAGCCAGGAGGACUCUUUCCAGGGAAGACAGAAAUCAAAAGACAAAGCUGCCACUCCAAGAAAAGAUGGUCCCAAACGUUCUGUACUGUCCAAGUCAGUUCCUGGGUACAAGCCAAAGGUCAUUCCAAAUGCUAUAUGUGGAAUUUGUCUGAAGGGUAAGGAGUCCAACAAGAAAGGAAAGGCUGAAUCACUUAUACACUGCUCCCAAUGUGAGAAUAGUGGCCAUCCUUCUUGCCUGGAUAUGACAAUGGAGCUUAUUUCUAUGAUUAAGACCUACCCAUGGCAGUGUAUGGAAUGUAAAACAUGCAUUAUAUGUGGACAACCCCACCAUGAAGAAGAAAUGAUGUUCUGUGAUAUGUGUGACAGAGGUUAUCAUACUUUUUGUGUGGGCCUUGGUGCUAUUCCAUCAGGUCGCUGGAUUUGUGACUGUUGUCAGCGGGCCCCCCCAACACCCAGGAAAGUGGGCAGAAGGGGGAAAAACAGCAAAGAGGGAUAAAAUAGUUUUUGACUCUAAUACUGUAUAUGCAUUUAAGUGGAAUAUUUGGUGCCAUUUACAACAUUUUCAUUUUCAUGCCAAUAAAAGAUUUUUUUUGCAAAUUA